AUGAAGACCGUGACUUGCUACAAUUGCAGCGAAGAAGGCCAUAUUAGCCCACAGUGCACUAAACCAAAGAAGAAUCAGUCUAGUGGAAAGAUAGUUAUCUUUCCUGAAGAGAGCAGUGUUGAGGAUUUGGUGAUGACUACUAAGCAGGUAAAUGAAGCGGUUAAAGAUGGGGCUGCAAUGUUCAUAUUAUUUGCAUCCAUGAAGGUGAAAGGGAAAGCGAUUGCGAAAAGAGUAGGAGAAGUGCCUUAUCGUAUUGCGUUACCACCGGCACUUGCAAAUUUGCAUAAUGUAUUUCACGUGUCUCAGUUGCGAAAAUACAUUGCGGAUCCGUCUCAUGUGAUUCAAGUGGAUAAUGUGAAAGUGAGGGAUAAUUUGACGGUUGAGGCGUUGCCUAUGACAAUUGAAGACCGAAAGCUGAAGCAAUUGCGUGGAAAAGAGAUAGCUUUGAUGCGGAACCAAGAUGUAACUAAUGCAAUUCAGAAGGUUGCAGCUGCCUAUGAUUGUAGGAUUGUUGAGGGUGCUCUUAGCCACCAAAUGAAGCAAUUUGUGAUUGAUGCAAAUAAGGUUGUGCUAAAUCUAAAUGUAUCUAAUCCAGAUUAG